AUGGAAAACUGUGUUGAUGUCAAGAUAGAAACCAACGGAGAAAGAAUGCCAAUGAAGCAGAAUCCACUAAGCACAGGUGGGAAAAGUUUCUGCAGAGCUGUGGGUUACCUCACUGGAGACAUGAAGGAUUUUGGAACCUGGCUGAAAGACAAACCUCUCAUGAUCCAGCUCCUUGACUGGGUGCUGCGUGGGAUAUCCCAGGUGAUGUUUGUCAACAAUCCCCUCAGUGGGCUGGUCAUUCUGGCUGGCCUCCUGCUGCAGAACCCGUGGUGGACACUCACAGGAUGUGUGGGAACACUUGUCUCAACUUUAACAGCACUUAUUCUGGGUCAGGACAGAUCAGCCAUAGCAGCAGGCCUGUAUGGCUACAACGGGGUCUUGGCGGGAUUGCUGAUGGCUGUCUUCUCUGCUGAUGGAGACUACAACUGGUGGCUCCUCCUGCCUGUGGCACUGGUGUCCAUGACCUGCCCUAUUUUCACUAGUGCUUUAAGUGCAGUUUUCUCUAAGUGGGACCUGCCUGUUCUCACCUUGCCUUUCAACUUGGCCUUGACCCUCUACCUGGCUGCUUCAGGGCCACACAACCUCUUCUUCCCUACGACCGUCAUUCGUCCUGCGACAGCAACACCAAACAUCUCCUGGGCAGAGGCUGAAAUCACAAUGCUCCUGCGAUCCAUCCCAGUCGGCGUGGGCCAGGUUUAUGGCUGCGACAAUCCUUGGACUGGGGGAAUUUUCCUGAUUGGUUUAUUUAUCUCCUCUCCACUCAUUUGCGUCCACACAGUGAUCGGCUCAGCAGUGGGGAUGCUGGCAGGGCUGAGCUUGGCAACGCCGUUUGACCAAAUCUACUCGGGGCUGUGGGGCUACAACAGCUCCCUGUCCUGCGCUGCCAUCGGGGGCAUGUUCCUGGCUCUCACCUGGCAGACACAUCUCCUGGCCAUGGCCUGCGCACUCUUCAGUGCCUACUUGGGAGCAGCAGUGACCCACAUGUUGUCUGUGUUUGGGGUGCCAUCUGGAACCUGGCCUUUUUGCCUGUCUGCGCUGACCUUCCUGCUAAUGACCACAAGCCGCUCUGCGAUCUGCAGGCUGCCACUCUCCAAAGUCACCUACCCAGAAGCCAACAGAGCCUAUUAUCUGAUGAUGAAGAAACACGAGAGAGAAAAAAAAAAAAAAAAAAAAAAAAAAAAAAAAGAACGCUGGGCUUCCAGCAAGGCCCUGCCAGGGAGCCAGCAGCAACGUGCAGGCAGGACUGUGAGCAGGGAGUACGGAGGAAUCAUAGAGAAGGAAGCAAGGGAUCAGGAAGCAGCGAACACACUGCGCACUACUCAAGGUCUCCUUCCCAGGAGAUUUUCCUCAAGCUCCGAAGGGAACAGAGGGGCAGGAGCAGGGGUGAAGGGCCAAGGGGAGCCCUGCCAUUGCUGCUGGGGUGGGCGCUGGCUCCGGGCACGGGGAAAGCAACAGCAGCGACCCAGCAGCGUCUUAUCCUGGCUCCGGGAGCCCUCCAGUGGCCCUGCAGCGGGAAUCACGGAAAGAUUGGGAUGGGAGGCGCCUGAAACAUCAUCCCAUCCCACCCUGGGCACGGACACCUUCCGCCAGCCCAGGCUGCUGCGAGGCCUGCCCAAGCGGUCCGUGAGGCCUGGGGGUGCUCUGUCCCUGUCACCGCCCAGGAGGGAGCCCACAGCAGCACCCCGGACACGGUGA